ACGCGAGCGUUACCACGGCAACAGUGCUCGUCUGGUAGCAGGAAGUUUGUAAAUGUUUUGGAUAUAAUAACCUGAAGUAAAGUUUAGCGUCGUUUGGAGAAACAAAGCCUAAACAACAUAAGAGCAUUAACACGCGAACAACUUUGUGUGGAUGAAUUUCGAACCGGCCCUGAAAUACUCUUCCUCGUUAGUUCCGCUGGGAACUUUCCACACACAUUAGCGAAAUGGAACCGCAGCGGAGUGUGGACAAAAUGAUGAACUCCGGUGUCAGUGGAAAAUGGACGCGUCUCUCCCCCAUGGUGAACAGCUGCAAGUUGCACCUUACAGCUGUCAAACCACCAGCCCUGGAGAGAGAGCACAAUCUGCUUGACUCUCAAGAUUCUGCAAAGGAGACAAAUGUGAAUUCCAUCCAAACAAUGACUCUUUUUGACCCAGGAAACAUGUUGCGUGGUUUCAGCCAGAGAAGAUCUUUGCCAUCGUUUUCUGUUCACACUACACAAACUGUAUACAGUCAUGUACCUCAUGCGAGUGGCGCUCAGAGUGGAUUCGCAGCAGUUUCACAUGCAGGACAAGAAGCGAGUGAAAAAUCUCACCACCGUGCUCAGACCGCUUUCUGCCGUCACAUAUUAAACCGUUCCAAGCCAGCAGGUGCUGCUGGAGGAUAUUACAACAGUGCUGCUGAUGUUCCCUUCACUCAGUUGCCUUGUGACAGUUUUGCGUCCAGUUUUCAAAGAAUUGACUUGGACAGACACCGUCUGAAGGAAUGCCCCCAGCUGGGCAAUGUGGACAAACUGCAGCUUCUCAACCUGCAGCACAAUCUAAUCACAAGAAUCCAACAUGUGUCACAACUGCAACAGCUCAUCUUCCUCAACUUGUACGACAAUCACAUCUCUGAAAUGACCGGCAUCGAAGCGCUGAGCUCUCUGAAGAUCCUAAUGCUCGGGAAGAACAGAAUCCAGAAGAUAUGCAGCCUGGGAGGCCUGUCUAAACUGAAUAUCCUGGAUUUGCACGACAAUCAGAUCUGCAGGAUGGAAAACGUGUCUCACCUGAGCGAGCUGCGAGUGUUGAACCUGGCAGGAAACAGCAUCUCCAGAGUGGAAAAUCUACAAAGCCUGGACUGUUUGACUGAUCUCAACCUGAGGCACAACUGCGUCUCCUACGUGACAGAGGUGGACCGCCUGCCGUGCUUGCAGCGCCUCUUUCUCAGCUGCAACAACAUCACCAGUCUUGAUCAGGUAGCCUGCCUUGGAGAGUCGCGCUCCCUUUCUGAGCUCACCCUGGAUGGGAAUCCCGUAGCCCUGGAGACAUGGUACAAGCAGGCCGUCCUGCGCUGUGUGCUUCAUCUGAGACAGCUGGACAUGAAGCGCAUCACAGACGAGGAUCGGCGCAUGGCUGGUGUACAAGCUCGGAAAGAGGAGGAGAAGAAGAGGGAGAGUCACAAGCAGACCAUUCAUAAGGAGAAGCGGCGUCUGGCGAUCCGUAAUGCAGCACAGCAGUGGGAGGGCGUCAGGGCCUGCCUUGAUCCACCACCACCACCACCAACAAAUGAUGCAAAAGAAGAAGUCAGUCCAGAGAACAGUCCUGGCCACAGCCCCGCCCAGACCAACGGUCUCACACAGGAGACUUCUCCGGACGAGCCCAGACGGGUGAGUCCAGGCUCAGGACCAGAGCGACCAUCAGGAGGAACGGAGAGCAGACUCCGCCUCAACAGCCGUCCAAACAGUCCACGAGAUCCCAAGCUUGUGGACGCAGGGAGCAGCAGUGUUCAGAGCUUGUCCCUGUCUGACAGUCACCUGGCAGAGCUGGAUGGAGACACGCUGCGUUUAUUUGGACUCGGAGCCCUGGAGGCUCUGGAGAGAGGUUGGGGAGUUCAGACUGCAGGCGCUGUCACUGUCAUAGCCUUCCGCUACAUCAACUUUGACGCCAUUGUACCGACACUGCCGCGAAUAAGGGUCAAGUUCCCCAAUCUAUCGCACCUGAUCUUCCUGGAAACCAACAUCAGCCGGCUGCCGCAGCUGGCAGCUCUGGCACAGGUGAGGCGUGUGGAUCAGCUGACUAUUCACCCGGAGGGAAACCCGGUGGUCAGUCUGACUCUGUGGCGCUCCUUCGUCAUCUACCGCCUCCAUCACUUCAACCUGCAGAGGAUUAAUGGCCAGGAGGUGACAAUGAAUGAUGUGAUCGCUGCCGAGCGCAUGUUUGGAACACUGGGUCACAUCGCAGCUACUGAAACUCCUCGCUGCCGACUCCUGCUGCUGCUGGAGGAGUCCAGGAAGCGUCAGUUGCAGUUCCUGUUGGAGGGGCGAGGCCGGCGGCCAGGACUGAGUCCGGAGGAGCUGCGUGACAAUGGGAAGCUCCUGGGAGAAGGUCUGAGCAGAGCACUGUUCAACUACCCCAGCAGAGACUGCAGUGCAGAGAGUCCUGAGGAAAACACCGUGGAGUCGUCAGAACGUGCCGCCAUGGUGGAGCAGUUCCUCCAAGAGUUGGUUCAACGGGCAUCAGACACAAAUCUCAAGGGCGAGGCUCUUCACAAGCUCUGGCCCUCCAUGUUUGCGGAGAUGGUGAGAGACUGUGUGUUGGACAUGAGGGAUCGAGCAGCCUUUUGCCAAGCCAGCCUUGCAAAGUUCUCUGAGACCAAGUGAUGAGGACCAAAACACGUGGACAUUAGUUCUACCGAGGACCACUCACGCUCAGACUAACACGCCACCAAUGUAACACGUCAUCACUUAGUGACUUUAUCGAUUGUUAAAAAUCUUCCAUCUUUGGAUGAUAAGUGUUUUAAAUGUGUCUAGAGAAGUUGUCCUGAUUUGAAUGUAGGUUUUCACUGAAAACACAGUCUGGUCUGUAACAUACUUGAAAGUUAAAAAGGACUCACUGUGACUUGUGGUCCUUACAGAGCGUCGUCUGCACUUUAAAGUCUUUCUGAAUGGCCCCUCUUCACCAUCACCUUCAUCAGCUGAAAAUAUGACUCGUGUCUCUUUUCUCGAGACGAUAGAAUUAAUUUCUUUCUGUCUUAAAUCUAUUAUCAUGCAUAGACCACUCACUUUCUCCUGCCUGAUGUAAAAAAAAAAAGAAGAAGGGCACAAAGACAAGGACUUUCCUUUGUUUUCCACUGAUUUUCUGUAUUGUACUCAGAAUUAAAAGAUUCUGUAAUAACA